GCCUGCAGGACGGAUGACAUCGUUCACAGGAGAGCUGCGGACCUUACCUUACCGGCGGAUAUCCAGCUCAAACCGUUACCAGUAGAAGCUGUGACUCCCAAAAUGGCCGCCAAAAAGCCCUUCAACUGGUGGUUAUGGACCAAGAUGCUCGUCGUCGGCGGUGCCGUUAUUGUUGGCGGCCCGGCGCUCACACGAUGGGUGAUGCCCACCGACGAAGAGCUCUUCCAGAGGUAUAACCCGGAGCUGAAGAAGCGCAGUCUGGAACGGCGGGUCGAGCGGCAGCAGGAGUUUGACGACUUUGUCACGCGGCUCAAGGAGUACUCCAAAUCCGACAAGCCAAUAUGGAUCGUGCAGGCGGAGGCAGAGAAGGAGCGGGCAAGGCAGGCCGCCGCGGAGGCAGCGAGGAUGGCAGAGGAGGCAAAAGCCAGGAGAGAAGCCAUCAGGAGGGAGGCCGGGUUGCCGGCACAGCCGGUGUCGUCUGAGUCCGAAGGACGGUGAUACGGCUGGCGGAAGGACAGGGCGGAUGACUGCUCAACUGUACGAUGCGUGUGUCUGCGGCUCUGGGAGUGUGCAACGACGGGGAAGAAUGACUGGAGGAAUGCAAUGUAGGAAUGCAAGGCGUUUGGGCACAGAGUUUGGGGGUCUUUUGUGUUCAGAAUGUAUGGCACCCAUCAGGGGCCCAAUAACUCGCUCAAUUCACAUUGUCGCGACUUUGAACUUAGACUGUCAACAAUCGAUGCCCGUGGCGCCCCAGCAAGGUGAAGCCUCGGUGAGGGGAGGCCA